UUGGCGUGGGGUCCAUGAGCUUUGGUUCGAUCUUCGCGGCCGCUGGACCCGUGCUGGCCGCCAUGGGCGUCUACUUCAUCUCGGCCUGUAACCUCCACGCAAGCGUUGCAAUUAGCAAGUCGUUGAUGGUGGCGCCUAUGAACGUGCGAACCUUCAGUGAUCUCGGCUAUUUCGCCUUCGGAGAAAUCGGACGCCGCGUCGUACUGCUAUCCGAGUGGGGCGCCUGCUUCCUGAGCCCCAUUGCCUUCUUCAUUCUUGGUGGCACCACUCUAUUGCCCUGUAUUUUCGACGGCACCGUUGCCGGAGAACAGUGGAGCCCCACGCACUGGAUUAUCGUCAUGAGUCUCGGCGUGAUGCCUGUGAUCUUGAUCCCUACUCUGAAAGCUGCAGCCCCGUUGGCCUACAUGGGCGGCCUCGUAGCUGUGCUUGCCGAUGUCAUUUGCAUUGGUUAUAGUCUCCAAAACAUCCAGUCAUCGCCUCGAGAGACGCAGAUUCAGACCGACAACGCUAUUCAGACUUUCGGCACUAUAAUGUUCGCCACGGGCACCGCCAUUAUCAUUCCGCCCAUUCAGCGGCAGCAUACGGAUCCAGCUCGUUUAGCUAAUUUGGUGUCGCUCACACUGCUGUUCAUCACGUCUAUUUACAUGCUCAUCGGGGUCGUGACGUACUAUCAGUUUGGCUGCACUGCGCCUGCUACUCUGUUAGACCAGCUACCGGAAGAAAGCUCCGCUCGAAAAGCUGCCUCCGCGUUAAUGCUGGCUCACGUUACUAUCGCAUUCCCGUUGCUGCUUAACCCCACCUUGUUCGAUAUGGAGCGCUAUAUCCUUGGCAAAGACGCAGACCACGAGGUGCUCCAACAAACCCUAAGUCUACGCGCUACCAAAGGUGUUGCUACGUCUGGACAGAGCAAGCCUAUUCUCGCCAACUCAGGAGCCAUCGGUACGCUUGCUCCACCCAAGACUAUACUCGAAGAAGAAGGCUUUUUGUACGGCAACAGCACUCCGUACUUCCAAGCGACGUCGCCACCCCCGAGUGAUAACGGCGACUACGCAGGCGAAGCCUACACAACGUCCGACCGGUUGUGCAGUGGUUUGAUUCGUACGAUCACGGUGUGGUCGCAGGCUUUCCUCGCCAUCAUGUUUCAGUCUUCUUUUACGGAUAUCUUGAGUUUGAUCGGGGCCACUGCAGUCACCGUCUCGUGUAUGAUCAUGCCGUGCUUGUGCUACCUUCGCGUCCACCCGAUCGCCACGCACACAUUUCGGGGCAAGUGCGAUCGGUUUGUAUGCCACUUGACCAUCAUCAGCAGUAUCGUGCUCGGUAUCUACUGCGCUGUCAUCGCUAUCGGCAACAUUAGUCGUGACUUGCAGCACUUCCGUCUGUUCCAGGCCGCUAAAACAAGCAUGGCUACGAACAUCACUCUCGCUGAUGAAUACCCUUACUGUCACGAAGGCGAGAGGAACUAAUGAAUAAUACAUGACCGUCGCAUUUUAUCGCUAUGUUCGUUGGCUACUCCGCUACGGGAUGUACGCGCAUAUCGCUAGCCGA